AUGGAGGAGGAAGAGGCGGAGAGUUAUGACAAAAUAAAAGCGGCCGUUCUCCGGAGUUAUGAAUUGUUUGCAGGAAAAGAGGUUUGUGAUACAAACAUGAUAUUGAGGAUCGUUUUUCUGAUAAGCGGAAGGCUCUUGAUUGAUGCUGCAGCUUUCGAUAUUCAAAAAUUGUCAGGCAUGCUGAAGAAGCGACAAAUGAUACAGCGAGCAUAUCCUGUAAAUGAGAAACUUGUGAAUCCUUAUUAUAAUAAUGGAGUUCAUCGUCCAUAUCACAAAUCAGGAUCAGACCCUUAUCCUGAAGCAGUACUCUAUCAUGAUUAUGCAGAUGUCAAACAAAGUUACUCUCAACCGUAUCUGGAAAAAACAGCUCCAGCUUUUCCUGAGAAAGUAAAGAAAUCCAAUCCUUCACCAGAAGGGACAAACUCCACGAUGCAAUCAUUUACUAAUCAUCAAACUGGCCCUAUUAAGGAUGCUGAAGCAGGGCAAGGGGGCCAUGCUGCAUUACCAUCUUACCCUUCUUCAAAAAUAAGCCCUUCCUCCGAUCCUGAUGCCAUAUCUCAGCCUGAAGCUGGAGAAGACCCAUUCAUAUACCAUGAAAUGAUUCCUCCAUUUUAUUCCGAACUGAAGUUACUUUCUUCAUCUACAGAGGAAGUGCCAGUUUCUCCUCAGAAGGAAGCAGCGCAUAAUUCUAAACUCGUUCAACCACUCUUAGUUGACCAAGUAUCACUGCCAUCCGAAGAACCACCUCAGGCUUUCCCUAAAGUGGCACCAGCACCUAAACAGGCCUCUCCAUCAACAGAUAAAACAACUCCUGCAUUGUCACCCUCACCGCCCCCUCUGGCAUCACCCUCACUUCCCCCUCUGGCAUCACCCUCACCGCCCCUUCUCACAUCACACUCAACUCCCCCUCCGUCAUCACCCUCACUUCCCCCUCUGUCAUCACCCUCACCGCCCCCUCUCACAUCACCCUCACUGCCCCCUCUGUCAUCUCCCUCACUGCCCCCUUUAUCAUUCCCUUCAUUGCCUCCCCUAUCAUCCCCCUCACUGCCCCCUCUAUCAUCCCCUUCACUGCCCCCUCUAUCAUCACCUUCACAGUCUCCUCCUUCCCCAAAUGAAGAACCAUGUUCUUCAUCACACUUGCUGCACCGUCCAUCAACAUCCCCUCAGCACCCUCCGUCAACGCAUUCACAGCCCUCUCCAUCAGCAACUGAAGUGCCUCCUCCGUCAUGGUUCUCACCGUCCCCUCCAUCAUCAUCCUCACCGGCUCCUCCUUCAUCAACUUCUCUAACCCCUCCUUCACCAUCCUCACUGACUCCUCCAUCACCAACUGAACAGCCCCUUCCAUCAUCAGCCUCACCACUCCCUGCAUCAGCAACUGAACUGUCCCGUCCUACACCACCCUCACCCUCUUCUCCUCCAACAGCUGAAGCACUCCUUCUGUCAUCAUCACCCUCACCAACCCCUUGGUCAUCAUCUGAACUGCCUCUUCUGUCGACAGCUGCACUGCCUCUUCCAACACCACCCUCUCCACCAUUACCGGAACUACCCCCUCCAUCUUCAACCCAACUGCCCCCUCCAUCAUCUGGUGAAAUUUCCUCUCCAUCUUUGCCCAAAUUGCCCCCUCUGGCAGCAGCAAAACUGCCCCCUGAGAUGCUCCCGUUAUCACAUGAGCUGCCUCUUCCAUCAUCUGAAGUACCCCCUUCAUCACCCUCUCCUUCUUCACCCAAUAUAUCACCACCUUCAGCUGCAGUGACCCCACCUUCUCCUGAACUAUCACCUCCAUCAUCACUUCUGUUUUCACCGGAUGUGCCAGCUCCAAGUUCAACCAACCUACCACCACCUCCAUCUUUAUCCAUCAUAUCACCCCCAUUUUCACCCAAAAUGCCACCUACUCUUUCACCUGACAUAUCACCUCCAUCUUCACUCAAUCUGCCAUCCUCAUCUCCACCUUCAACUGAAAUGUCAUCUCCACCUGCACUUGGGGUGCCAUCAGCUUCUUCACUUGAAGUAUCACAGCCACCCUCACCCAGUGUGCCACCUGCACCUGAAGUGACGAUAUUAUUAUCAUCUAAUGUGACAUAUCCUUCAGCUGAAUCAUCCUCUCCAUCUUUACUUGCGGUACCAUCUCCACCUUCACCUCAAGAACCUCCACUACCAGCCCCUGAAGAGGUACGUCCAGCUUCGACCAGCGUGGUUCCACCAUUAACCGAGGAGGCGACUCUCUCUGCAUCUGGAGAGAGAUCUCUGGACGUGAAAUCUACGCCUGAUCCUGAAAUAAUGCCUAAAUUAGUCCAUCCUCAACCCACACUAGUACCAUUGGCAAAAACUCAAGCCACAUCUAAAAUGACACCUCCACCAGAAACUGAAGUUCUAUCUGCCCCCUUGUAUGCAACACCUCUCCUUGAUCCUCUUCAUCCUGCUGAACCCGCAUUUCCUUCUUCUCCUACAAUGGCACCUCUCUCUUCAUCUGAAGCGGCUCCUCCAACAGUGCCUGAUCUGAUGGCUUCAUCAUCAGUUGAAAGAGCAUCUGCAUUAUCGCCCAAGGUGCCCCCUGUACGGUCAACUGAUGGGACAACUACCUCGACAGCUGAAGAGUCACCUCCAUUGUCGCCAGAUAUGGCAUCUCCUCCUUCCUCUGAAGUAGCACCUCUGCCACCUGUCAAUCUGAUAUCUCUGCCCAAAGGGACAACUCCACCUUCAGCCUUUGUGGCAGCUGUACCUUCACCUGAAACAGUGCUUCCACCUUCACUUCAAGUGAUGCCUUCAACAGUGCCUGCAGGAGCGGUUCAGAGUUCUGCCAAAAUUAUACCCCCAUCUCUUCCUGAACAGAUUUCUGUAACUUAUUCCAAAGUGACUAUGCCACCUAAUCCAGAAGUAAUGCCUCCACCUUCUGCUGAAACAGCACUUUUAACUAAUCCUGAAGCAAAGCCUCAGUCUUAUUCUAAGAUACCAUCAUCAACUUAUAUUAAAAUGGAAUUUCCACCGUAUCCAAAAGUGCAUCCCCCAUUUAUUCCAGAAACAGACUCCCCACAUUCUGCCAAAGGUGCACGUCUGACAAAUCUUGAAAUAGAAUUUCCUAAUCUGGAAGUGCAGUCUCCACUUUACGCAGAGGCAGUACCUUACACUCAGUUUAAAGUGAUGUCUCCAGCAGAUGCUCGUGUGAAACCUCUAUCCAACUCUGUAAUGGAACAUCAGUUAAACCCUGAAAAAACUCCUCAGCCAAAUCCUGAUGGUGGAUCUCUGCCCAGUUCCCAUGAGUCAUCGCAGUUUUUCUCUGAAGUAAGAUUUAUGCCUUAUCAUAAAAGAAUAUCAUGGCCCCCUCAUCGUAUUGUGGAAUAUGCUUCAUAUUCCAGAGUGGGACGUCCAGUUUAUCCUAGGUUGGAUCCACCAGUCCAUCCAAAAAUAGAACCUCUGCUGUAUCCCAAAAUGGAAUCUCAAUUGCAUCCAAAAAUAGAACCUCUCCUGUAUAUGGGAAUGGACUUGCUACCCAAUCCUGGACUGGAACAUCCACAUUUUCCUGAAAUGGAACUGCCACCUUAUCCUGCUGUGGAACUUCCACUACGUACUAAAAUGGAUCCUGCCCCUCAUUCUAGUGGUAAUCCUCCAUCAUUAGGAACCCAUCCCAAAACCAUACAUCCAUUCAAUCGGUUAUCUGCAACUCACCCUGAGAUGGCAGCUGCAUUUCACCAAGAAAAAGUGUUUCCACGUUUUUCUGCAAUGAAACAAAACCAGGAACACUCUUACCCUAAUGGCGGCACAAAGCCUAAAUUUCAUUCAGAAUCACCAAUCCAGCAGUACAAGCAACCCUGUCUACCUGGAUGGACUCAUUACAAGUAUUUAUCAUCCUGUUAUCAGUUCUUCCCUCAGGUGGAGCUAACCUGGUUAGAAGCAGAGCUAAGGUGCCGGCAAUACAUGCCGAAUGGCCACCUGGCCUCCAUCCAUUGGAAUGAACACAAUCAAUUCAUUCAAAGUCUGAUUAAGGCACAGGACCCAUCACAACCCACGGUUUGGAUUGGACUUAGUGACUGCUAUGAGGAGGGGAUUUUUCUGUGGAGUGACGGAUCUGUACUAGAUUUUACAAAAUGGAGUGACGACCAGCUCAACAGCAUAAAAGAAAAUGAGAACUGCGUGAGCUUUAAUUCUGCAGAUAUUGAAGGCAGAUGGAAUGAGAACAAUUGUGCAGAAGAUCGACCUUUUGUUUGCACCUACAACCUUGCCUAAAGUCAACAAAAUGUAAAGAUAAUCACUAGGCCUUUGAGAAUGGGUUAAUUACUUUAAAUUCAUCUGGAAUGGUGAAGUGUUUUACAAGAUUAUUGUAAUGAUUUAA